CUUUGGAGAUCGAAGGGAGAGAGUAUGAGAGAGAGUCAGAGAAAGGGAGAGAGAGUGCGUUACAGGGCGCAGAAAGGAGACGGGCGCGGGGAAAGUAAACCAUUUAGGUUUUGAUUGUGCAUCGGAGAAGUCACUACGUCUGGCGUGUGUAAUAAAAUCCAUAUCAACAUCUUUCGGCAAAGCAAUAUUAUCUUCAAGCACAGAAACUCAGUGGGAUGCUGCGGAAUCCUCCAACACUGAGCGGUCGGCAUACCUGGGCAGCGUGCGCAUCUCCAACGUGUCAGUCGGGAAAUAUAAGGGACGGAUCAUACCAAAUUCCAUAAUGCUAUUCCUAAUUUGAAAUUUUUAUAUAUAUAUUUCUAUACUUCAGCACCGAAUCUCUUUUGCCAACCACUUCUCGUUCCUCUGCCGUGGAUGAUAAACAUCAAUUUAAUAUUUUUGGUGGAAUAAUUUCCCCCCCAAGGAUUGUCAUCAGAUUUGCUCUCCACUAGCAGCACGCACGUGGAUUUUUUCCAGGAUGGUACUCUCUAAACGGCCCUGGUACAAUUGGGCCAUUUUUAAUCACAUUUCUCUCAUGUCUGUACAACCCUGGGUCUUCCGCUCCUCAUAGGAAUAACAUUGUUUAAUUACUUAAGCAGCGAUAGUAGACGCCAAACCCGAGGCACAUCUCGCUCGAGGACCUUGAUAUUGGUUAGAAACGCAUCAUCCCCGGGUUACUAUGCAAUUAAAACUGAUCUCCAUUGUUUUGAUCUUGCACUGUAUGGAAUACACUGACUGCCAACAAAACCCCCCCAGACACCGGCAACACAAACAGAGCUGGGACUGUCAUGGAGGCUGUCUAACCUGCUCAGCCUCCAACGGCUGCCUGUCCUGCAAGCCUCGCUUCUUCUUCUUCCUGGAGCGCAGCGGCAUGCGGCAGGUGGGCGUGUGCGUCUCCUCCUGUCCCAGCGGCUACUACGGCACACGCUCCCGCUCACCCGACAUGAACAAGUGCACCAAGUGCGGAUUGUCAAACUGUGACUCCUGCUUCAACAAGAACUUCUGCAUGCGCUGCAAAGAAGGAUACUACCUGUAUCAUGGCAAGUGUCACGUGACCUGUCCCGAGGGACUCGUCCCCAGCAGCAUGCAGAGGGAGUGUGUCCACGAUUGCACAGAGGGCUGUGAAGACUGUCUGAAUGAGGACAGCUGCACCAGGUGCAAGCCGGGUCUCUACCUUCUCCAGGGGCAGUGCACCCAAACAUGCCCCGGCAAUUUCGAGCCCAAUGAGCAGCUCAGGGAGUGCACCCCUCAAGUUCCUUGUGAGGUGGGCGAGUGGAGUGACUGGAGCCCCUGCUCUCGGAGGGGCAAGACAUGUGGCUUCAAGCGUGGAGAGGAGACCCGGAGGCGGGACAUCCUACGGCCGGCCUCCCCGCAUGCGGACGCCUGUCCCCCGACAACUGAGACCAGGAAGUGUGUCGUCAAGAGGAAGAAAUGUCCAGGACGAAGGAAGGGUGAGCGGAGACACCGGAAAAACAGGAAGGAGAAGGAGGGUCAGGACAGCCAACAGGAACACACAGAAGCUGGGGAGGUGGAGGACCAUGAGGAGCUGGAAACCCGUAACAAGACAGAGCACCGGCGGCGGAGGGGGCAGAGCAGGGAGGCGGUCCUACCAACAGAGGGUGCUGUGCACUAGUGGCUGCUCAAACCCCCCUCCUCCCUUCACUCCCUUGUCGGGCGAGAUGGUGCUGUUGCUACCUGUAAGGUUUCAGCAUAUACUGUAUAUGCACAGGAGAGGGGCACUCGCCAUCCAAGGCACAGUAGACGCUGAGAACUCUCCCCAUCCCACCCUCAACCCAUCCACACUGGCCCCUUCCUUCCCCCCUCUCCAGAAUGGACAGCGAAUCAGAAUCAAGAGAGACAUACCUGCCAAUGUAAUUGGUCAGGAACAUGUGGUGCAGAAGAAUGGGGACUGUUGUACUUUUAUUUCUGGAUCAGGAUGUACCUGUUUAAUCCAGGUGCAACAUUGCAUCGAGGUUUGAAUGUAGAUUUCAUGACAUUAUUUAGCUUUGUCGUUUAGACAUAUAGAAAAAAACAGUUCAGUAACUGAAAAACAGCAUGUGCCUCUGCGUCAACACAUGUCCAAUGUUAAGGCUGCAUGUGGAUUAUCGUGCGUCUGUAUGAGGCACUGAGGAGUUUUGUGGGGUUUCAUUCACGAGCAGCAUGAGAACAGACAGUGCUUCUUCAUACGUCUCUUUCAAUCUAUCUUCGUUCAUCCUUUUCAGGUUGGAGAAGUGGUUCGCCUUGUUUGUAUCAGUAGGUUAUGUGCUUUAAGUGGAGCAACAUUACGUCAUUCCAAGCUUCUGUACGUCAAAUAAAGGAUAUUGGAUUUGUA